AGUGGUUCUUUCCCCACAACAAAAUGUUGGAGCCGUAAAUGGACCAAUGAAUGAGCAAAUGAAUGCUGCCCAGAACAACAACAACUCAAACAUGCCGCCGCCGCAGCUGCCAGAAAGCUCAGACGCCCAAACUAGAGGAUCAGCUAUCAGUGGCCUACAAGAAACUGGAACAAACGAAUCACCAUCACCAUCACCAUCAUCAUCAUUGUCAACGGUUGUUCCUCAUGCUGUUGCUGCUGCUGCUGCUGAUGCUGAUGCUGCUGCAACUCUUGCACCCAGCUCUGAAGCAGUUAGUGAUUUCUCAACAUUUCCACGAACACCGGCAACAAAAACAAUUCCCCGCAAAAACGCAGAAAACGUUUCCGUUGACAGAGCACCAUCUUCUUCAGAGCUUGCUCCUCCGGCAGUGGGACGUCCUUCGGAUGCUGUUAACGAAGUCACCAGUUUAAAUUCUUCUCUAAACAGAGGUGAAAACCAUGCACCUUCAAGUGCCAACGUGAAUGCCAGUUUGGCAAACAUUGAACAAACCUCAGGAUCAGUCAAUGUGCCUCAACAAGCAGUCUCAUCAUCAUCACCUGCAGCAGCUGUUCCGGAUGCUGCUCCUGCUCCUGCUCCUGCUCCUGUUCCUGCUCCUGAUCCUGCUCCUGCUCCUGCUCCUGCUCCUGCUCCUGCUCCUGCUCCUUCUCCUGCUCCUGCUCCUGCUCCUGCUGCUCUUGCUGUUAUCGGUGCACCCAAUCCUGAAUCAAUUGUUGAUUCAAGGUUUCAAACGCAGGCAACGACUAAUGAGCUCUGUGGAAAUACUGCGAAUAACUCUUCUGUCAACAACAAAGCAGCUUCCGUGGAGCUUCUUACUCCGGCACAGGUGCAGUGUCGAGGACCAAUCUCUGUGCGACCAGUCGAAACAAGUGGACAAUCAUCGGUCAAAGUUAUUCCUGUUAUUCCUGCUACUGCUGCCGCUGCCGUCCCACCACCUGCUAGCCCGCUUGUUUCUGAAAUAACUCAACAGGCAAUUCAAAACGCAGCUAUUGCAUAUCACAAUGAAAACCUAGACAGAGGAUCGGAAAAUCGUGAUUGUGGUCGGGCUCUAGUAGGACGAUUCAACCAGCCUGAAGCACCGGGACAAGUUGUCAGAAAUACAAACACCGCUUAUGAUAGAAAUCUUUUUCUUGAGUCCAACCGCGGACACUUCAAUACGUCCGCUUCAAACUCAGGACGAGAAGUCUCUUCAGUUCAGACUGCUUUACAACAUCGUCCUCGUCAUUUCCAGCCUGUUAACCAGCAGGCCAACAACAACAACAACAACAACAACUUAUUCAACCCCAGAAUGCCAUCUAACAGAGUGUCGCCCCAGUCCAUUAGUUGGGGUAAUCAAGGUGUUCGAAUGACCAAUCAAG